GGAACCAGAUUUGUUGCCUUCCUCAAAGGAUUGAAAGUCUGCACUUCUCUUUAAAGCAUUUUUGUUCUGCCUCCUGAUUUAGUUGUGGACUUAUAAUUGAAUAAUCUAGGAUAUUGUGGGAAAAAUCAUCAACAAAUCUAAGUGACUAUUAAACAGCUAGACUUAAUAACAGUGACACCUUUUGGUCAGCUGACCUCGUAAUUUCAGUCAGAAUGUCUGAAGAUGAACAAGCACUGGAGAACUUCAAGAAAGGAGUAAAAUGUGCCCUGGAGUGUGUUGCAGGGCUGUGUUCUGCAGCAGCUGUGAUUAACCCCAUUUUUGGGCUGGCAGGAUCACUUAUAAAAGUUGUGUCACACACCAUAGACGUUGAGGAGGCUGGUGAUCUGAAACGAGGAUUUGAAAUGGUCAAUGAGAGCUUGGACAAAAUUUCCAAUGAAAAUAAGAAAAUACUUAAUAGAAUUCCAAAGGAAACUGCUGACAACCAGCUCUAUUACAUUGAAAAGCAGAUUAAAAGCCAAUUUCGAGCAUACAUGGAGGUUAUAGAGGCUGAGCCUGAAGAAAGAGAACGUAAGAAACAGACAUUUGUAAAGAGUUACGUUAGGGAUGGUGCUGAACGCCACCUCCACACUCUCUAUGACAGUGUAAUGGGGAGACCUAAGAUUUUCAGCGAUCCGAUUCUUAAGGUAUAUCUAGAGUGUUCCAAAAUGGACCGCAAAGUCAUGAAAAGUCUUUGUGAUCACCUCAAGCAUCUGUUCUGCAUUGGCCUCAUUGCCUACAUGGGAUAUGUAGCGGUCCGAGAAGAUGAUGAAGAGACUCUUUGCAAUAGGUGGAAAAAUAAAAUGGAAAUGGCAUGGGGAAAAAUGGAUGAUGCACUUAAAAAGUGCUAUUAGUACUGCAAGUGACAUACACGAAAAAAGAAAAAAAAACAGAGAAAUUAGCCAACCCAUAAUAUGAAUUACCUUCUUGGAACACAAUAUUUCUACAUGCAUUCUAUUCAUUUUUAAUUAUGAUAUAUUUUUCUCUGAAAGCAGACUAGGUCGUUACCUUUACUGUGCCAUCACAUAUCCAUAAAAUGUGACCACAACGCAAUGUUAUCCUAAAAAUGCAUGAUUACUGAUGCAUGUCUCUUAGCAUAUUUCCUUAAAACAACUUUAAUCAUAAGUAUAAUUCUGAAAUUAAGGUAAAAGUAUGUAUACUCAUUACUUUGUCAUUGAACUGAAAUGCAGCUAUUGUAAAGGCAAAAUGUGAAAGGAAAAAUAUUUCCCAAAUGUCCCUGUUUUGAUGUAGUUGUACCAGUUAGUACAUAUUAUAGCAGCUUUAUUUCCCUGCACUUUCUCCUCCACAUUCAGUGUGCAUUUUUGUAAAUAAUAGUUGUGUUUCAGAUCCUAGUGACAGCUAAAUUGUUGUCAUACCUUAACAAUAUCAGGUUUUGGAUUAACUGCAGUACUGCAAACACACUGUGACCCUCCGGUCAAUGUCUCUGACAUCAAUGGAUGAUGGAAUGGAUAGUUAUUAAAUAGUCAAGAGGCAAAAUAAAAGCAACACCUGCCAGAGAUAGUAGAAAAAGGUCCAACGAGAAUGUUCAUGCUUGAAAAGGUUGCAUAUGUUCAUGACCACUGCUAUACUAAAGCAAAAUCAAGAACGUGGUUUGCGUUAUGCAUUUGUAUUUAUUUAUUUUUGUUUUAUUUUCAUGUAAAGUUUUAUCACUUUUGUCCCAUGAGCUAAGUGUUUUCCUUAUUUAAAAUCAUUCUGUUAGCCUUCUUUAUGAUGGCAGUUCAUGCCUUUUUUCAGUUGUGGUCAAUACUUCCAAUCAGCCAGAAGAGCAAAUAUUUGCAUUACAAAUGCAAGAUGUUUUACAAUGCAUUGUGGGGGUGUGGCGACCUAUGUUCCUCCUUUUCUCACAGCAAUUCCUUUUCCAAGGCUCUAUGAGCAUCCAUGUGUAACACAACAGUUGUGUAUGCAAUGAUUUCUGUUUAAUUCAGCACUCUGCAACUUAAACUGUAGUCAGUCAGUACACACUCAGUUGCAGUUAUUUAUUAUAAUGUAAUCCAUGCAUCGUCUUACUUGGGGUCUGACACUUGCAAGGCACAUUUUAUUAGUUUUGUUUGCACUCGUGUUGGCAGAUGAAAUACGAAUUAGCUCACUGCUUAUAUUGUCUGAAUAUAUUGCUUCAAGUUGUGAGUGAAAGAUAAUGACAUUUGUAUUCCAGUAUAAAGUGCGACACUACACUUAUGUAUCUGCUCUGCCACAGGUUAGUACACUUUCUAUGGUGGUGGAUAUAUUUUCCUGCACUUUAGAUGUGUCCCAUAAUUCCCAACAUUCCUUUCAUGCUGGUCUUCAGUUACACAUGUAAAUAUCAGCUCUGUUGUUUUGUCACUGUGCUUUUGCAUUUGAUAGUCUGUCCAAGUGCUGUUUGUCUGCACUUGUUAUUGUUGUUUUUCUUGUAAACUGUAAAGAAUUUACUUGUUGAACUUCAGUCUCUCAAGCUGUUGCUGAAAGUAAUAAAAUAAAAAUGUAAGUUUACUGCA